ACGCCUUUCAAAGUCAGGAAUAUGUUUUUCCGGGAAUAGCACGUCUUUGCUUUCGUAACGUUAACUUACGAUUGCUGUAUCCUCUCAUUUAUGUAAUGCUGCUCGGUUAUUGCUGAGCUUCAGUUCAUAAGAAACGGGUGCUGCUGUACCGGUAUCAACUUUAAACUUUGAAAUCUUGAAGGAUGAAGCUUGCUGUGCUGGGCGCCACAGGGCAAACUGGUCAAAACCUGGUGAGACAGGCAUUGCAACAGGGCCACAUGGUCACCGCGCUAGUUCGGACUCCAAGCAAACUGACAGUUGAACACGAUAACUUGAAGGUCAUCGAAGCAAACAUUUUCUCAGAGGAAAGUCUUAGCGCUCACUUCAAAGAUCACGAUGCUGUUAUAUCCUGCCUGGGGUUUUCUCCAGCCUUCUUCUCCUACAUCACAGGGUAUACUGAUUCUAUGAAAGCUGCAGUGAAUGCCAUGCGCCAGGCAAAAGUUAACAGAGUGAUUGCCAUGACAUCUUGGUACACUGAACCUAAUUCUGGGACGCAGUCCUUUUACCUGAUACGCUUUUUUCUGCUGCCAAUGAUUCGAAGUGUGCUGACCAAUAUGCAUCAGAUGGAAACCUUUUUACAGCAGAAUUGUGAUGACAUUAACUGGACUGUGGUGAGACCUCCUGGGCUUAGGAACCAACCAGCAUCAGCCAAAGAAUUCCUAACCCACGAAGGCUACUUUGUCCCUGACUCCAGUGGAUAUCCAGUUGGAAACUCAGUGGGCCGAGGGGAUGUGGCUCGUUUUAUGCUGUCGCUUCUCAACAGUAACACGUGGGUCAAAAAGGGUGUGGCUAUGACCACCAAGUAGCCAGUCUGAGAGUAUUUUUUAUUGCAUCUUAAAGAACGAUUAUUGUUUUCAUACCUUCUGUAAACAAUGAAAUAUAUAUAUUAAAAAUCAAUUAAUGUAUAAGA